GUUGGGAAUUACUUGACUCUGGUUUCUUUCAGAGGUGAACUCCAAUGUCCGGCAAUGGAUGACGACAGCCUGGAUGAGCUUGUGGACCAAAGCCCAGGGCCGGAUGGGCACCUGGGACUCAGCCCUGCUGCCCUGGCCAGUGAUGCUGACAGCAGUGACGGCAACAGUGAGGGCUCCGAGGAUGACACGGGCAGUGAGCACAGUGACGGCACCGAUGGAGAAGACGAGGAGGGGGACCUGGAAGACAGAUCUGGUUCUGAAGAUUCUGAAGAGGACGACCACAUGGAAACAUUAGUGGCAGUAGCGGAUACUCAGGGGAAGCUAGAAGCCAAUGGCGCUUUUAAUUCUGAUGACGAUUCCGAGAGCUGCCCGAUUUGUCUCAAUGCUUUCAGGGACCAGGCUGUGGGGACGCCUGAGAACUGUGCCCACUACUUCUGCCUGGACUGUAUCGUGGAAUGGUCCAAGAAUGCCAAUUCCUGUCCUGUCGAUCGGACUAUAUUUAAAUGUAUUUGUGUUCGAGCUCAGUUUGGUGGUAAAAUUUUGAAGAAGAUUCCGGUGGAGAAUGCUCGAGCGGGAGAGGACGAAGAGGAAGACCCUACCUUCUGCGAGGUGUGCGGGAGGAGUGACCGGGAGGACCGCCUGCUCCUCUGCGACGGCUGUGACGCUGGGUACCACAUGGAAUGUUUGGAGCCCCCUCUUCAGGAGGUGCCGGUGAACGAGUGGUUCUGCCCAGAGUGUGCUGCCCCUGGAGCUGCCCCUGCCGCAGACGCAGGUCUUGUGAGUCAGGAGGAGGUCUCCUUGCUCUUGGCCGAUGUGGUGCCCACCACCAGCCGGCUUCGGCCGCGCGCAGGGAGGACCCGGGCCAUUGCCAGGACACGGCAGAGUGAGAGAGUCCGAGAGACCGUGAACCGGAACCGGAUUUCCACUGCCAGGAGGAUCCAGCAUGUCCCAAGGUACCUCAUGUCUUCUGUGCUGGACGAGACCAUUGAAGCCGUCGCCGCUGGUCUGAGCACUGCCGUGUAUGAGCGCCCCCUGACGCCUCGAGCUCCCACCAAACGGAGGAGGAAAACAGGAAGACGGAGGAAAGCAUCGGGGAGAAAGAAGACCCCACCGACAAGCAAGAGGAACUCUGGCACAAGGUCUAAGAAACGCCGGGGCCGUGUGAGGAGGAGGACGGGCAAGAAGAGAAAGAAUGAAGUCACAGCUCGUUCUCGCAUUGCGCGGACGCUGGGCCUCCGGAGGCCAACCCGCGGAGCCUGCAUCCCGUCCGUGUACAAGCCCGCAGACCCCUCUCUGGGGCUGAUGCGUGCAGACAUCGGAGCAGCCUCUCUCUCUCUGUUUGGAGACCCCUAUGAGCUGGACCCCUUUGACAGCAAUGAAGAGCUGUCUGCAGACCCAGCUUCCCCUCUGAGUGCCAAGAGGAGGAUCCUGUCCCGGUCAGCUGUGCGGUCUCAUCAGCCUGUGGCCAGGCCCGUCUCCAUGGGGCUCUCCAGGAGGGGCGUUCCUGCCGUGGAGCCCGAGCCCGAAGUGGACGAGGCGCCCGUCCCCGACCUGCUGGGGAGCAUCCUGUCAGGCCAGAGCCUGCUGAUGAUGAACGGCGCCGACAUCGUCAUCCACCGGGACGGCUCCCUCAGUGCCAAGAGGGCAGCGCCCAGUUCUGUUCAGCGGAACUCAGUUGGUCCAUCCAGAGAGGGAGAAGGCCCUGGGUCUGGGGACCACCUGCAGCCCGGUGCACCAUGCUCAGGAAGGGGGCUGCAGAGCGUGGGGUCGCACUGUCAGGGCAGGCCUGCCCCACGCCCCGCCCCGGCCACCACCUCCUCUAUUCCUGCGCUCACGUCGGGGACGGCUGUGAGACUGGCCUCCUCAGGGACCUCUCGGUCGGGUCAUGCUCAAAGCUUGUCAAACAUCAUGAGGCCUGGCUUCAGACAGAGCGACAGCCCCCAGCUGAGUGGUGCUGGCGGGCACGCUCUGCCGCUCAGAUUCGUGUCCUCUAAGGUCUCAGAUCGUAGCUCUGAUUCGCAGGCCCAGAGUGCCGUGCUAGGACAGGCCCCAAAACCAGCUCCCCGGAGAACUGACAUCUCCCAGCUACCCAGGAUACCAAAGAUCAAGCGAGAUGAUGGCAGCAGCAGACGGGUGGAUGCGGCCCCUGCCGGUGGGCAGUGUGUUGAGAUCCCCAGCUCCUGCAUCAGCCGGCUGACUGGCAGGGAGGGCCCUGGGCAGCCUGGCCAUGGUGCCCGGGCGGAGGGUGAGCCCAGCAGCAGGGGCCCACAGGAGCCCGGCACGCACUCAGGGGGCAGCUCCCAGGCCCCGACCCCACUGGGACCCUCGAGGGGCAAGGGUGUUGGCUCGACCUUUGAGAGCUUCAGGAUCAAUAUUCCUGGGAACAUGGCGCAUUCCAGCAGACUCUCCAACCCCGGCUUCUGUAACACCUUCCGGCCUGUCGACAGUAAGGUGCAGAGGAAGGAGAACCCCUCGCCCCUCUUCUCCAUCAGGAAGGCGAAGCAGCUCAAGAACGAGAUCUAUGACCCCUUUGAUCCUACGGGCUCCGAUUCCAGUUCUGUGGGCAGUAGCCCUGAGCGCCUCGGUUCUGGUCUCCUGCCCUCCGAGAUCACGCGCACCAUCUCCAUCGACAGCCCCAAGGCCCCGCCGCAGCAGACUGUGCGCUGCGUCACCUCCUACACUGUGGAAACCACCUUUGGGCCGGAGCCCGAGCCUUCUCGGGGCCUUUCCUCAGGCCUGCUCAAGCUCCGGGGUGAGGGGACCGCCGAGGGGGCCUCUGACACGGAGCAUGAGGGGCUGGGCAAGGAGGAGCCGGCCCAGGGCCAAGGCCUGGCCGCCCAGGCGCCAAGACCCUCCCCACUGGAGCCCUGGGAGGAGGAGGAUCCGCCCCGCAGCACAUUUUUUGGCUCUGAGGAGCGGACAGUGACCUGCGUGAUGGUGGCGGAGCCGGACGUCCCACCCAGCCUGGAUGCCCUGCAGACAACCACCCACAGGAUCGUGGAGCUGCGGUCCCCGUCCCGCUCCCGCUCCACAUCCAGCUCCCGCGGCAGGAAGAGAGCCGAGAGGAAGCCGGCCGCUGCUAGGGAGCACAGGAGGACGCGCUCAGGCUCCCGCUCCGGCUCCCACUCCGGGGACAGGAGCUCGCGGUCAGUGUCGCCACCGGUGGGUGAGGACCACGCCAAGAGGCACCGGUCCAAAGCCAGGAGCCGCAGGUCUUCCAGUGACGGCUCCAGCAGCCACGAGCGAGCCAAGCGGAGAAAGGCCAAAGACAAGAGCGGGGCGAGGCGGAGGGCUGCCUGGGGCCGCGGCCGGCGCAGGUCCCGCUCCCGCUCGGGCAGCCCUGGCAGCUCCUCCCAUGAACGCCGUGAGAGCAGGAGGAAGAAGAGGAGGAGGUCGGGGUCCAGGUCUUGGGGGAGGGAGUGCUCGCCCCCCAGCAGCCUGGAGAGAGCCCGGAGGCACCGGCACCUGAGGGAGAGGAGCCACGAGCGGCCCCGAGACAGGCGGGGCUCCCAUGAGAGGAGGAAGCGCAGGUCCAGGUCCCCGAGCGUGGAGCACAGGUCCCGGGAGCACCGGCGGUCUCAUUCCCAUGAGAAGCGGCCACGGCCCCGCUCUCACUCCCGCUCCCUGGAGAGGAAGUUGGCCGUGAAGGAGGCUUCCCCAACGCCCCCUGCCCAGGAGGAGCCCAGGCUGGAGAGGGAGCCCCCAGCCAGACCACCGGCUUCAGCUGGAGUGGAAGCUUCUCCGGAAAGGGCCGAAGCCGACAAGGCCCCUGCAAAGGCCACCCCUGUCCUGGAGGUGCCAGCCGAGUGUCCGCCUGAGGACCUGGAUUAUGGUGACUCCGUCGAAGCAGGGCACGUCUUUGAGGACUUUUCAAGUGAAGCCAUCUUCAUGCAGCUGGAUGACAUGAGCUCCCCACCCUCUCCAGAGAGCACGGACUCCUCCCCAGAGCGAGACUUCCCACCCAACCCUGCUGCGCCCCCAGCCAGCCAGCAGCAUGACGCCAGCCUGGCCAUGGCCGUCAUCAGAAGGGAGGUGUCGCUGAUCCAUGGUGAAGACGCUGUGCAGCCCCCGCCCCGGGCAGAGGGCUUCCAGGAGAAGCACUCGCUUGGGCCAGAUGCAGCCGAGGUCGCUGCAGUGCCUGGCGCCCUGGGAGGCCAGGCUGUGGGCGGGACGCCUAUGGGGAAGGAGGAAGGCCCCCCUCAGACCCCCCUGCUGCGGGCUAAAGCCCUGGUGAAGAGGGUUACCUGGAACCUCCAGGAGGCAGACAGCAGCGCCCCAGCGGAGGACAGAGGCCUACGGACGCCACCUCACAGGCCACAGAAGCCCCAGGAAGGGGCCUGGGAAACAGGAGACGUGGACCCCGCAGCAGCACUCCAGCAGGCGUCCUUCUCCGAGCCCCCGUCCUCCGGCUUCGCGCUCCUGGAACCUGGCUUCUCUGGCGCCCACCCUUCUCAGGUUUAUAGCCCCAACCUGCCUCCCACCCCAGCUCUGCCCUCAAGUGUCCCACCCUACGCACCGGUCAGCCAGCCCACGGUCCAGUUCAUCCUGCAGGGGAGCCUUCCCCUCGCGGGCUGCGGGGUGGCACAGAGUCCGGCUCCAGUGCCUGCCGUCCUGACCACCGCCUCAGAGCCCGCUGGCCACGUGGCCAACAACUUAGAGGAGAGCACAGCUGCUCCUAGGCCAGCCUCGGACAAGGCCAAGAAUGAGGAGUACAUGAAGAAGCUGCACGUGCAGGAGCGGGCGGUGGAGGAGGUCAAGCUGGCCAUCAAGCCCUUCUACCAGAAGAGGGAGGUGACGAAGGACGAGUACAAAGACAUCCUGCGCAAGGCCGUGCAGAAGAUCUGCCACAGCAAGAGCGGGGAGAUCAACCCCGUGAAGGUGGGCAACCUGGUCAGAGCCUAUGUGGACAGGUACAGGCACAUGCGCAGGCACCGGAAGCCCGAGGCCGCGGAGCCGCCCGCCCAGGGUGCCGAGCGCUGAGGCUACCCGGACUGGGGGCUGGUGCCUGGGAUGGUGGUGGUGGCGCUUACCCAGAUCCCUAAGUGGUUCUGUUGGGAGUGGCAGAAGCAGAAAACUGGGGACACCCAGCACUCCCGUUUUCAGGGUUCCUGUGAUCACACGUGGUCUGCGUACCUGUCUUGCUCACAGUUUAAAACUGGACUUUUUUAUAUGUAAAUUACAGAUAAACACAGUUUCCAUUGUGUUCUAAUUUAUCAAAAAUGGAUUCUCUUUAGAAACUUC